CGCACGCUCCCUCAGCCCUACACGUUCAGGCGAAUGACGCCGAGUUAUUAGACUCGCUGCUGCGCGAAGCCAUAUUGUUAUUGCUGUUGAAGUAAAAACCGAGGGCUGGCUGGGGGAAGAAACAAGUUUGAGGGAGGGGGUGACUGCCACCAAGUUUGGAACUUCAGGAAAAAGCAGUUUCAAGUUAGUUGAAAGUUGCUGGCUGAAGUUGAAGUCCGGUGAAGGCGCAAGAUGGUGGACCGCUUGGCCAACAGCGAGGCCAACUCCAAGCGCAUCGCGGUGGUGGAGGGCUGCUUCGGCACGGCGGGGCAGCCGCUGGCCAUCCCCGGCCGGGUGCUGAUCGGCGAGGGCGUCCUCACCAAGCUGUGCCGCAAGAAGCCCAAGGCGCGGCAGUUCUUCCUCUUCAACGACAUCCUGGUGUACGGCAACAUCGUCAUCCAGAAGAAGAAGUACAACAAGCAGCACAUCAUCCCGCUGGAGAGCGUCACCAUCGACACGGUGGAGGACGAGGGCGACCUCCGCAACGGCUGGCUCAUCAAGACGCCCACCAAGUCCUUCGCCGUCUACGCCGCCACGGCCACCGAGAAGUCCGAGUGGAUGAACCACAUCAACAAGUGCGUGGCCGACCUGCUGGAGAAGAGCGGCAAGUCGCCCAGCAGCGAGCACGCGGCCGUCUGGGUGCCCGACUCGGAGGCCACCGUCUGCAUGCGCUGCCAGAAGAUCAAGUUCACGCCCGUCAGCCGCCGGCACCACUGCCGCAAGUGCGGCUUCGUGGUGUGCGGGCCGUGCUCGGAUAAGAAGUUCCUGCUGCCCAGCCAGUCGUCCAAGCCGGUGCGCGUGUGCGAGUUCUGCUACGAGCAGCUCUCCGGCGGCCAGCUGGGCGGCGGCUUCUCGGCCCGCUCGGACUCCUUCGGCCGCUCGCCCUCCAAGUUCCCCGCCAACAACGUGUCGGACGACGACGACGACGACGACAGCAGUGACUGAGGGGGGCUCGUUGCUCCCCCGCCCGCUCCCCCGCCUCCUCCCCCCAUAGGAAUAUUAACAUAGGAGCCUUUCGUUUUGUUUCGGUUGUUUUUGUUUUUACCCAGCAGGGCUUGAAAUUGGCUUGGGGUCGAACGUGGCGGACCUUCUGCGUUGGCGUUCCAGUAUGACGACAUCUUCAUUUAGAGAAACCUGUCCUUCCAUUAGUGUUCCAAAGCCGAGCGUGUGGAAUUUACACGCGGUAAUGAAUUUGCAAUAUGCCCGGGUAAUAACCAGCAGAGAUGUCGAGUCUGUUGACAGACAGCACCCUGGCUCUGUUGGUCCGUGCGUAUCCCAGCUUCCCCGGGGGGUGUGACGCCCCCUCCCCAGCUCUCCCUCACUACAGCAGCCUGACUGAAAGCCGCUGCCUCCAUGCUAAUCUCCAGCUCUGACCAGAGCUGCUUUUAUAGUGGGAUUCUUUUUUUUAACUCGGUCCGUUUAUGAAAUUCUUUCUCUUAUUUUCCUAGCCGUAUAUUUUUCUACCGAUGAACCUUAAAGUAAAUCGCGUGCCUGCCUCGGUGCUGGUAGUUCUGCAGGGAUACGAUUACCGGCACCGUUUUUUUUUUUUUUUUUUGCAGAUGGAAACAUUUUUUUAUUCUGCUGUAAAGCUUUCAGGUGAACUUCCGGUGCGUUUUUUUUCUCUAAAUAUGUAUCUGCUUUCAUAUCCAAUCCUUUUUAUAUGUCUUUGUUGAAAUGAAAUGCUUCUUCGUGCAACAAAUGGAUUCCCUCAAAGACCAAUCAAAUCACAUUAAAUGAAUAUGCAAAAAGUGGCUGAUAAAUUGUCCUAAGAUGUGACACUGCAGCUGGUGGAUGUUUGCUGUCUCUUUUCCCGAUUAUUGCUUGCGACAAAUCAAACAGAGGCUUGAGUUGGAGAGGUGAAGUUGUAAAUGGUGAGGUUGUUUAAGGUGUAUGUAAUGUAGAACGCAGUCAGUAUUUUCCCAUAAAUAAUAAAAAGGCCUUAAUUCCCACACAGUGCCUUAGGAUAGAAGUCUAUAGCCCAUCUUAGAAGUACUGUACUAUGUGGGAUGUGUGUAGAAUGUUAGUAAAGUAAAUGCUGUUUUACUUUUAACAACACAAAACCAAUCACAUGGACCACAUUGCGACUGGAAGUGUCCUGUUGAGUACAAUCUGUAAGUUCCUCAAUAUGUGUGCUGUACGUGCGGUCCAAACAUCUGUAUGAUUGACCGAGUUGUCAAACGUGUCCAUACAUUAAGACACGUAAUUACAUGAACUGUUAGAAAGCUUUAUUUUUCUACAAAGGACAUUUUGAUGCAUAGAAUUUUAGAUUUGAUAAAACAUUUUUAAAAAACAUGGAAUAUGUGGGAAAACACUUUUUGGAGCAGGAACAAUUCUGGUGUAAUCUUGUACCAUGUAUGGGCCAAUGUCAUCCUCUGGGUGAUCGUGUGUAAUGGCUUCUCCCAGUAAGGAAUCAGCAGAGCCAUAUUUUUGGAGUUGUGACACUUAAUUGAGUUAGUGACCCUUAAUCGAUUGGUUAAACGGGAUUAGUGGUCUAUGGAGGUUCAGGUAGUUCCUUAUGGGAAAAAUCAGCCUUACAGAUUAUAGAUGUCAUAAAAUGGCUAAUUAGCAAUAAAACAUUUCCUUAAUGUGUGCUAGGAGCUAGGUUUCAGCUGCGGAAGAGAAAUUGUGGCAUGUUAUCCCACCAGUGUUUUACAGACCUCUGUAAUUUGGUUUAGACUUCAUUCUUUAGAAGUGGCAGGAAGUGGCAUUGAUGAAACUUGUGGCCAGUCAUGAAAUCUUACAUAGAAGUGAGGCUUCCAUAAAAUAACCUGAGAAAGAAAGGAUAAUUACAAGCAAAGAUCAUUGGAAGCAAAGUCUAAAGCUACACACAGUUUACCAGUGAUAGCUUAUUGCUAAUGAUGCAUCAUAUAUUGCUGAGAAUUUGGAUUUUUGCCAUUACAAGGCUGAGAUUCUAUCAAAAUUGUUUCACUUGGAAUAACAGCUAAGAGCAAGAAUAUCUUUUUCCACUAACACAGUUUGGCAAGCUCAGCCAUUACUAAAAUUAACUCAUCAAAAUGAGUUUGUGAAGAAGUAUAAUGCUUGCAUUUGCUUGUCAGUCAUCGCUAAGAACAAGUAUUGGUUGAAUACAGGUUCAAGUCUUGUGACCAUCUCAGUACUACAGUGACCUAACAUGUCAUACAACAACCAAACAUUUUUUUUGCAAUAAAUAAUUUUCCUGCAUUA